AUGCCCCCGAAAGCUCUUCGAGUCGUGUUUUUUGCCACUCGAGCAGUCGCUGCGGCGGGAAACAAUGCGACCACAAUCUAUCUGACCGGUCUGUACGCUCCGCACGUGCGCAGUUUCGCAUUUGGUGUGAUGUCCACAUUCUAUCGUGUUGGAGUUCUCACAGCCCCAUUCCUCGGUCAGGUAUUUCUGCAACGCGUGUCCGCAUUGGGUGCCGUGUUGGUAUUCUCCAGUUUGGCCGUGCUCGGAUUUAUUUUCAGCAUCCUUUUACCCCACGCGGAGGAUCCGAGUCAAAUAAAACCCGGUACCGGUCGAAGAAUAUUUCGGAAUAUUUUUAAAAAGCGCGCCCCAAUGACAACUUCAGCGGCCAGUGCAGCUGCGGCCGGAAUGCCGGAAUUUCGGGUGGCCACAAUCGAUGUGGAUGACGCUGACACUCAGGGAGGAGUUGGGAACGCUUCGUGGACUGCACAGAACGAUACGACUGACGAUCUGGGGACUUCGACUCACAAACGUGUCUCAUUUGCUGUCCUACCGGAUACCAGUGAGUGA